AGACACGUGAUCGCACCCGGAAGUAAAUCAUCUCACGUUUCAAUAGCAUGUACAGCGCAGUGUUUGUUUACGCAUUUAAUUCAUUACGCAUUUAAGUUGUUUUGCAGAGAGAAGAUGCAGAACUCCGACGUGGCGUCUCUGGGGUCGAGGUCCGGGCCAGUGUCAGACAGCAGAGGGAAUGAUGGAUCAUUAAUUGCAGUACUGAAGACUUUGCUGUUUUUCACCAUACUGAUGGUCACUCUGCCCAUCGGACUCUACUUCGCUUCCAAAAAAUAUUUGUUUGAAGGAUCUCUGGGUUACUCCAGCAACGACAGCUACUUCUACGGCGCCAUCUUGGCCGUGAUCGCCGUGCACGUGGUCCUGGCGCUGUUUGUUUACGUGGCCUGGAACGAGGGAUCACGGCAGUCGAGGGAAGGAAAACAGGACUGAGGGAGAGGAAGGAGGAUUAGGAGAGGUGGAGGGAUAACGAGAGAGAAACCAGACUUUUGAUUCUGUUAAAAAAAAAAAAAAAAAAAAAUGAGUAGAGAGAGACGAGAUGUUCACACAGAAACCUGUGGGGGUCAAAGGUCAGGGUGAAGCCCAACGAGUGUGUAGUGUUUUGUUGAUGGUUUAAAGGUUCCUCUGGGGAAGUGUUUCUGUGUGAAACUGAACAUGAAAGCAAUUCCUUCUCGUAAAGAAUUCAACGCAGAGCCGCUUUCACUGGCUAAGAGCCCGUAUUUAUCCGCAGAACCCUUCUUAUAGGUUCUAGAUGUCAGAUAGAGCUACAGUAAGAACCCAGUCUGUCGUGCGUAGAACCUCGGAGCUUUCCUCAGAGGAACAAGACGAGCCUCCUGUAACGCUGCGAAACUGAGAGAAGAAACCCGUAGAGUGUGAACGAUGUCAUUCUGCUGUUUCACUUACGUCUUCUGUUUUAUACACAACAUCAAACUCGUUAACGUCCCUCGGAUCAGGAAAGCGCUAGAAUGUGGUUUAGAGUGAAGCUGCUUUCUGUAACAUCUGUAGACACAGACACACACACACACACACACACACACACACACGUUAUCUCCUGUAGUGCUUAUGAACAAACCUGAGCAUCAUCAUCUCCGAGUUCAUUAAAAUCUGUGCUUCAGGUGUCGAGUUUCACCUUUUUCUCCUUCUUCAGUGAGUUCAGCGCUGUACUGUGAUUGUUUUUUUUUUAUGCUAAUAACUGAUCUGUAUAUGAUGCUUACAGAGAUCCUGAAGGAACCUUUAGAAGAAAAAAAAAUACAUUUCAUACAGGAAAAAAAGAAUUCUCAUGCACACGAUACACACAAUACGUACAUCCUGUCUGUUUCUUUCAGAAUUGUUUUGUUCUUCAAGUAUACGGUGAAUAAAUGAAAGAGACCGUAUGUUUUGUAUGUGUGUGUGUUCACAUUUCACCCUGUAGCGUUACUUCUAGGGAAAAAAUGACAUUAAAACUGAAAACCGUCUCCUUCACACACGCACACACACACACACACACGUUUUUCACAGUAAUGUUUGAAAACAUUGUGUUUCAUUUUUGUUCUGAAUGUUCUUUCAGGGCCUCUGUAGAUCUCAGAUAUUAUUUUUAAUGGCUUUGUGUGUAAUUUAAUUAAAAUUAAAGCUGUAUGUUGGUUUCAGAA